GUUUUAUGCAACAAAAUGUAUUUGAAACGCGAAUUCAUUGUGCGACAUCCCAUAAUAGUUUUCACUGCGGGCAUAGCUGUAGGCAUUUGCCUUAUAAAGAUAUUCAGCACGCCAGCAGCGAUUGAUCCCUUUGAUUCGUAUGUAACUCAGCAAUCAUCUUUUGGUGCGGAUAUAUCAAACCCCUACAAAAUUAUCAAUGAGUCAGUACUCGAUCGCCAUAUGGCUAGCCAUGAUCAUCUAUAUGAAAAUACGUCGCUCGCUGAUCAGCUGAAGAGGGAGGUGCGUGUGCUCUGUUGGGUCAUGACCAAUCCCAACAAUCAUAAGAAGAAGGCGCGCCACGUGAAACGCACCUGGGGCAAACGCUGUAACAUUUUGCUAUUCAUGAGCUCCGCGGCAGAUGAUGAGCUGCCCACAGUCAAGUUGGAUGUGGAAGAGGGUCGGCCGAAUUUGUGGAGGAAAGUAAAGGAGGCCUUCAAGUAUGUCUACAAGCAUCACUAUACUGAUGCGGAUUGGUUCUACAAGGCUGACGACGACACCUAUGCAGUCGUUGAGAAUCUGCGAUAUAUGCUAUAUCCCUAUAGUCCAGAGACGCCCGUUCACUUUGGCUUCAAGUUCAAGCCCUUCGUUAAGCAGGGAUAUAUGUCGGGUGGUGCUGGCUAUGUGCUCAGCAAGGAGGCACUGCGAAGGUUUGUGGUCGAGGGCAUACCCGAUCCCAAGAUGUGUCUACCUGGCACCGUUAUCAACGAGGAUAUCGAGAUUGGCAAAUGCAUGGAGAAUCUGAAUGUGACAGCAGGCGAUUCUCGUGAUGUGAAUGGGCGUGGUCGCAUGUUUCCCUUUGCACCGGAGCAAAUAUUAAUACCCUACAAGGAUCCCAAUUUUUGGUACUGGAAAUAUCUCUACUAUAAGACAGACGAUGGUCUCGAUUGCUGUUCGGAUAAUGCGAUUUCUUUUCACUAUGUUCCGCCCAAUUUCAUGUAUGUGCUAGACUAUUUAAUCUAUCAUCUGCAUCCCUUUGGGGUGAUCAGAGCGCAGCGUUUGCCCGCCAAACUAAAAGUGGGUGAGCUCUUGCCCGCGCCGAGGGAGGAGGUCGCCAACAGCAAUGAGGACUCUAUGGAUGAUGAUGAUAGGAUAAACAAAACUACAAUGAACGAAACUCAAACUGAACCCGAUGCGAGANUAGUGUAG